ACGUGGUUGGAUAAUUGCUUCUAGCGUGAGAACACCUUCUUCGAUUACGCAAUCCCGACCAAUUCGACGAAUCUGGUAACUCGUUCCUUCUUCUUCUUCUUCUCCAACUCCACCAGAUUCUUCUAUAUACCAAUCAUUUGCUAAGUUUUUUUCUGAAAAAAUAAAAAGAAGAAGGAAUCAUGAGUCUCAGAGCUGGAACAUUGGUUCUUCUCUUGUUGGGUUUGAUCUUUGUUUCUGAGGCUAGAUCUUUCGUUGACUCCACCCUCUCUGAGCAAGUUUCUAAUAAGGAAGACGUUUGCACUCUGUGUGAGGAAUAUGUGACUGAUGCUCUCACCUACCUUGAGAAAAAUGUCACACAAGCCGAGAUCAUCGAGAAUCUUCAUGAACGGUGUUCCCAACUGCGUGGAUUUUCGCAGCAGUGCAUAACUUUGGUUGAUUACUAUGUUCCUCUCUUCUUCUUACAACUGGAGUCGUUUCAACCUCACUAUUUCUGCAAGAGGAUGAAUCUUUGUGGCAGAGUGGUUACUCUUGUAGAAGACGUACGUCAGGACAGUUGCGGUGUAUGCCACAGGACUGUUUCUGAGAUUCUUAUUAAACUUCAAGAUCCUGACAUACAGCUGGAUAUCGUUGAAAUGCUUCUCAAGGGAUGCAAAUCGUUCAAGAACUACGAGAAGAAGUGCAAGAAGUUGGUGUUCGAGUAUGGACCCCUGAUCCUAGUAAAUGCAGAGGAAUUCCUAGUGAAAAACGACAUCUGCACACUUUUACGGGCGUGUCCAGCUGAGAAAUCGGUUCUCAGGCAGCCAGCGUUGGCGGAUUCUUGAAAUGUUAGAAAGAUGCCGUAAUAAAAUUUAAACACGUGCUGCUUCAUAAGAAUUGUUGCAGACUUGGUUACUGUCUAUAUGUAUUGAUGGAUUCAAACACAACCAUGAAAAAUGUCUGUUUGCGUUUGUGUAUAUAAGGAUCGCUACAAGAAUUGACUCUAUCAUGUAUUCUAUUGAAUCCCUUUUAAGGUUUUGUUAAACUGAUUACAAUAAUCUUCUGUGUGGUUUUUUCUGA